CGUUAUUUAUUUUAAAGUAAUUCAACAUUAAUUUAAAAUGUCUUGUCGAGAUUUAAGAAAUUUUACAGAGACAAUGAGAUUUUUAGGAUAUCCCAGAUUAAUAUCUCUGUCAAACUUUCGCGUUCCUAAUUUUUCUCUGGUCGCUGAAAUUUUAGUUUGGUUGAUCCAUCGAUUUGAUCCUGAUUCAGAUAUGACUGCUGAAUAUGAAACUGUUGAAGAUCGCGUGUCUAUUAUCCGACGUUCUGCUGAAUUUAUAGCAAUUAAAACAAAUAUUAAAUUAAAUACUAAAAAACUGUAUCAAGCUGAUGGUCACGCCGUACACGAGUUGCUUAAAAUAGCAACAGCAUUGUAUGAAGCGCAAAAUAAAAAUGCUGAAGAUGAAAUAAUGUCUGGAGAAAUUUUAAAUCCUUUGGUGAUUGAUAUAACUGAUGAGUUAUCAGAAUUAAAAAAUACAAGACAAAUGGCCAGUCAGUUAACAGUAAGUGGUGCUAGUCUAUUUGAUUUAUUAGGGAGAGAAGUCCAGCUUCGUGAAAUACGUAAUAGUAAAGCCGCACGUCAAUUUGAUACUUCGCAAAUUGAAGUUGCUUUUAAAGAUGUCAUUGAAAGUAUGAAGAAAGAUAUUGAUGAUACAAGACGACAAAUUGAUAAUGUCAAGGAGACUGAACAAAAUUUAGAAACCAAAAUCGAAAGACGUCAAAUGGAAUUAGAAAGAAAUAAAAAAAGAUUAUUAACUUUACGUAAAGUACGUCCGGCAUUUAUGGAAGAAUUUGAAAAAUUAGAAGUUGAACUUCGUUUAGUUUACGAAAAUUAUCUUCAAAAGUGCCGUUAUUUAGCAUAUUUAGAGCAUCUUUAUGAGGAUAUGACAAAAGUUGAACAAGAAAAGUUUGAACAGAGACAAGCUGCCACUAAAAGACAAUUGGAGCAGCUUCGCGGUGAAGAUGCAAGUUUUGAAAGUAUAAUGGAAGGCAAUGACUCAAUAUUUACCAAUAAUAUUCGUAGUACUUUAAAUCUUGAUGAAACAGAAAGAGAUUUAGAUAAAAAUGAUCAAGGACAAGUCCAAGCUGGAGAAAUAACAGGUAGAGCUUCAAGAGUACAAUUAAAUCAAAGAAGACUUUAUGGUACUAUGUCAGGAAGACCACGUGGUUUGCGAGAAUCAAAUGACAGUAUUGGCUCACUAGAUGACAGCGACAGUGAUCUUCUUAUUGAUGGUGACCUCGACGAUGAUGAAGAAGAUGAUGAUAUUGACAUUGAAAACGUACGAGGUAACUUAUUAAGUACAGUGACGAGUCAUGAAAUAGCAGCAUCAUUAGAUUUAAAAGGUAAUACAGAAAAAAGGUCAAUCAGUAAAGCGGGUCAUGUUGAUGAAGAUUUUUAA